CGUGACCUAAACAGAUAUGGCGAUGUUCUCAGAUAAUUGGAUUAGGGACUUGUGCGAGUUCCGUCGUUCUCCUCAGCUGUUUCUUUUCUCUCGUGGUCUUGACGUUGAGGCAUUUCUCGUCGAUUUGACGAAAAUUCUGUACAGCGAUGAAGUAAGAACUGAGAGCAUUAAAGUAAACUUGUUGGGAUUAUUGCAAGAAUUUGGAGAUUUUUUGCUCAAUGAUCCAACUAGAUUAGAACAGAUGUUUGGAUCUCUUCAGAAUAUGUUCCAGCAGCUGGCGAACACCAUCAAUGUCUUCUUCCAAUCGCAACUUAUAAACACACUCACAGUUCUUGCUAUUGAGUUUGAAAUGAUGGAUAAUCAGCUGGAAGUUUUUUCUGAAUUUGUUGACAUGUUGUUCAAGACAAUAGCACGGGUGAAUGAGGCUGAUGAUCGAAUUGUUAGAUCGUCAGCUUGUCAUUGUCUGAAGGAAUUGGAGUUGGCAAAUCCGGGUUUACUGGAACACAAACUGUGUCCUCUCUACAACAUGAGUCAAAACGAAACAACAAACAUCAGUCAGGCCUACAUGGCACUGUUUGUGACUGUGCUGCGACACACAAUCAUUAACUUCUUGACGACUCGUAAGAAACACAAGGAAAAUGCUCUGAAUGAUUUACUACUGCUGCACAGUGAUAUUGUAAGGCCGGCUCUCUCACCUUCAUCACCUAAACUUUUUGUUAGAAGUUCAACUCGCACGUUCGAUUUGAGCGUCGAAUGGCCAUCAGAGGUUGACACGCAAGAGCUGAAACGUGCAGUGUCAUUCCUGAUGGAAAGCACGUCUCUAAUGACACCGAAUUGUCUCGUAUACACAGUCUGCCAGUUGGCUGAUUGUGUUAAACUUGCCCGAUUAUCUGCCACAACAUUCAAGCAGCAGACUUUACAUCACGUCUCGACAUCAAGUUUUCCAUUAUUUCACAUGGUGUUGUUACUAAAAGCAAAAUUCUCUAGCGAAAUAUUUUCAGAUGACGAUGAAGAUUUGUUAUUGGCAAGACUCAUUUGCAAUGCCACUCAUCCCAAUCUACCGGUCGGUCGUCGUCUUCUCUGCUACGAUUGGCUGACACAUUUCCCGUCACAGCAGUUGAGUGUCAGUCAGCUUCGUGAAGAGCCGUGUCUGCCAGAGAGUCUGCUUACCGAGCAAUAUCAAGCGUUCUUUCCGACGAUAUUUGACGAUUCGGACGUCAGCUCGUGUAAACUGGACAUGCUCAGUCUGUGCUACACGCCCACGGAUCUAUCAGGAGACUUUUCAUCGUCGACACUGAUGUGUUGUCUCACUGUCCUACAUAAAGCUACAACGAUGACGUUUGUUAGAUCGAAGGCGGUGACCUUGUUCAGAGAUCUCUUUACCUACUACAAAAGGCACCAUCAUACGUCAUUAGCCGAGCAGAUAUUUAAGUUUGUUUUAACUACGUUCAUGGACCAGCCCAAGUUUGCAGCUCACACAGUCAACUUCAUCAAGUGUUCAAGCAAGCUAACACCAGACAGUUCUCACAUCAACAAUCUUCUACAUCAGUUGAGUGAGCAAACCAUCUCAUCUCCGAUUUCAAUGACGAUUGAUCAUCUUACCGACCAUCUGCUUAUAUUACGAAGAGCAGCAAGAGAGACAUAUGUUAAUGCUGCUGGUGUGAUUCGUUUUCUCUAUGAGCUUCUCAGCUUAACUCCGUUGUGUUCAAAUGGCAACUGGGCUAUCGGCAAUAGCAUCUUGUCUGUCUGUCGAAAUCUCCUCAGGACACAUCACACUACUGCCAUCUUUAGAGAUAUGGGAGAUCUGCUAUUGCUUAUUGCAGCUAAUUUUACUGAUAUUGAUAUUAGAGAUCGUGCGCGUUUCUAUUACACAAUGAUGACAAACAUCUCCAGUGAAAAGUUGCACUGUGUUCUUUCAUUGGCUCCUGACACUGGAACAGAAGCUCUCUCUACCAUGAUACAAGAUGAUUUGUCAAUGCCAUCGUACCCAGUUGCCCCACCAGUUGAGUUUAUUGACUCCAUUUUUCUAACUUUGCAGAGUGUGGAACCGAGCAGAACGAGAGAUUACAAGAAGAGAGAUUGGUCGUUUGUUCAGAAGAAACAAAAACGACUGAAAGGUUUGCUGAAGAGAUAUGAAGACAUGAUCAGCAAUUCACUCUUCUCUCCAUCUAUUGAAAUGACAUACAUUUUCAAAUACUGUUUAGAUUUAAGUGAAGCUACAAUUCCAACGGAGAUCUUUGCUGCAGUUAUUCAACUUACUACAGGAAGACGUUACAGAUCAAUAGCUGAUAUCCCAGUUUCAUACCUGCGGCAGUCAUCACACAUUGGAUCUGCACUUGCUGCCCAAAAGGAGGUGAAGGUUGAGUUUGUUCCAGAAGAGCCUUUUCCUGCAGACUUCAAUGUGAUAGUGACGUGCAGCAACACAGAAGGGCAAACUUUGGAGUGUCACUUGGAUCCUUUGUCUCUACGUUUUACUGAUCUGUUUUUGCCGGUUCAGUUGCCUGGCGCUUACCUUGAGGGAGAUGAUGAGGACAGACAGAUGGCAGCUGCUCAGCUUUUCGAAGAUUUGUGGGCUAAGAUUCACGAGGAAUCUGAAAGCGGCGACAAUGAAAUGAUUAGUCAGGCAGUCGAGUCGAUCAAAUGUUUGCACGCAGGAAGGACAGUCGUAGAAGAUAGUAUCAACGUAUGGCUGGAGCCAUUCAUUGUUGCUGUGCAAGAAAAUGUAAUUCGAGCUGCUGUCUUUCUUCCGCCACGUCAUCAUGUCUUACUGAAAAUGCUCAUCGAUGAGGCACAGACAUUUGUAGCGAUAGCAACAGACGAUUGGCACAUUCUGCCGUGGAUCAAUGAAUUCCUCUCACAAUUAGAACAACACGACUGACACACAAGUAGUUAUUCUUGAAUAUUAAUGUAUGCAUGUUGUGCAUGCAGCCUACGAUGAUUUAUGAAAGAUUUAGUUUUGACAAUUUCAGUUGCUCCAGUUUGUUCAAUUUUCAUUGUUGUGAUCUUCAUUUUUGCUUUUCUUGAGAUAUUGGCAUUGUGUGAAUUACUGGA